CCUAGAAGAUUUCCUUGGCAACAUGGAGACAAAGGCCUGCCCCUUUUUCAUGAGGAUUUCUCCGCGGCCAGCGUUACUUUACGUGUAAUCAAGAUUACUAAAUCGGAUUACGAUACUUUUAUUGUAUUUUAGCUCGUGGUUUUUGGCAGAAAUUGCGUUUGAAAUGGAUGGGUUUCAGCAAGAGACCUGCGGGGAAACUAAAUCGGCCAUUACCAGCUGGCGUUAUCGCCACCAUUUCACGUACAAGGCUGAUCAGGGUAAAAAUAUAAUCGUCCAAUGUAAUCUGUGCCUGCCGAGGGUUAAUCUGCUGUCCACGUCGAAAACCUCCACGUCAAACCUAAAGAAGCAUUUAGACAGAACACACCUGGGCUGUGAGGCAAGGCCGGAUGCAAAGAGAGGAAGGAAAAAGGAGGAGUACAACGGUGAGGAAAGCAGACACUGUCAGCUUAAAAAACUCAAAGCGGAGAUCAUCUCAAAAUGUCUGACGCAGUCCAAGAUCGAUGACCUCAUCUUCAGCUUUAUUGUGGAGGAUUGUCAGUCUUUCUAUGUGCUGGACCAGCCUGGUUUUCAGAAACUGAUCAGCGGUUUGACAGAGGGGCUAAAGGUCAUGGACAGGGUGAGCCUGUUCGCUAGAGUGGACUAUGGCCUCUCCAGAAUGCGGGAGGACCUGCUAGCCAAGCUCAGAGGCGUCCAGUAUGUAUGCACCACGGCGGACAUCUGGACAGCUAACGACAGGAGCUUCUUUGGCAUGACGUGCCACUGGAUCGACGCAGUGACUUUGGAAAGGAAGUCCGCUGCCCUGGGGUUCCCACGGCUGCAGGAUAUAAUCACGUAUGACUCCCUCGCUGGGCGGAUACACGACACCCAUGUAGCUUACAACAUAGAAAGUAAAGUCCAGACCACGGUCACAGACAACGCCAGCCCUUUUGUCAGCGUCUUCAAAGAGUUUGUUGGGGACAGUCAGGAGAGGGACGAUGAUUUUGGGGUCUUUGAGAAUGUGGGCUCCAUACUUGAGGGUGAGCCAGAGCAGGACAUGCUGUUGUUCUUACCCCCUGUGCAGCGCUGUGCAUCACACAUCCUGGAGCAGAUAGUCACUGAGGACUUUUGGCAGGCCAUCUCACAGGGGCCCAUGUGUCAGCUGCAUUACAGCUCAAUGACCAAGGUGUUCUCAAUAUGGAGCAAAUGCCACCACCUUCAGGUCGGGAUGAAUGUAGCGGAGGAAAUUGGAAAGAUGGCGCUGGUCGUCCCAGCUGUUAUUCGUUGGAACGUGGAGUACUGCGCUGUGCAGAAGAUGGUCUCCCUCAGUGAGCGGGAGCUGACGGAGCUCUGUGCCCGUCUGGAGGUCCCACGCCUGCAGCCGGAGGAAUCGGCCUUCCUGAAAGAAUACGUAACCGUUUUCCACCCUCUUGCGUUUGCCCUUGAACUUUUCCAGGCUGAGCAGAAAUGUUACCUUGGUCUUGUCAUCCCAACCGUCUUGAGCUUGAAGAACAAGCUGAACGAGCAGAAGGACGCGGCCAACUACUUCAGCGAAGUCAUCAACAGCAUCGUCAUGGCGAUCGAUGUUCGAUUUCAGGAAGUUUUCUCCAGCACAGAGGCAAGGAUCGCCACGGCAACGACCCCUCAGUUCCGUCUGUGGUGGAUGCCGGCCUCAGAGAAGGACGAGAUGUGCUCCCUUCUCACCACCGAGGCUUCAGAGGUGGACCCAUGCAACGUGGACGAAACCAACACCAGCCGCAACCCAUCCACCAUAGAAUCUGAGGACGACUUCUUCAGCUACGGGUCUCCCAAGACCUCCACCCAAAUCCAGCAGCGAGGAGUGAAGGAAGAGAUCCGCAAGUAUGUUGAGGGAACAGGGAAGAGCCUCGAGUGUCUGCAGGAAUUCCCCAGAGUGAAGCAACUUUUUCUUAAAUACAACACCCCUCUGCCUUCGACGGCCCCCGUCCAGCACCUCUUCAGCCAGAAGAGCAACCUCAUGACCUCACAAAGAAACUUUCUUACGGAUGACUACUUUGAACGCAUCCAGCUUUUACGAUACAACAGUAACAUCUGUCCUUUGAUAACAGAAUGACUUUUUCCCCACAGCCUUUCAAGUCGUACAGUUAAACCCUAAUACGCUAAGUCAUCGUUAAAUAUUAUGAAUAUCUUAUAUAAGGCACUUUAAGCCAGAUUUAUUUUUACAUGUUUCCAUCUCUUCCUGUUUUUAUAUAUCAAGCAUAAGAGAGACCAACGAUCAUCAUAACACCAUUGGUUCCAACAGUUAGGGAACAAAUAAAAGUCAAAUUUCUCUUUCAGUUUUUUGCCAUCCCUCCCCUAAGUUCACAUGUUGGAUGUUGAGGCUGAAUGUCUGUUCAAAUUUGAGAAUAAAACUGAUUUGGCUGUUCAAA